UGAUUUAUUCAGAAACGCAGGAUUGCCUACUCCGCGUGAAGGCGGAGUUGGUGGGGGGGUUCUGACGUCUGGCGAACGCCGAGCCCACCUCUUCCUGUCGGUGUCAGAAAGGCAACUUCACCAUAUUUAGCUGGCUUGCCAGCCGGAGCCCUGCGGAGUUAUUCUGUCAACCAGCCUUGGGACAAACCCCGACGCUCGUCGGCUGGACACACUGCGGGGCUGACAGCUACGCUUUCACACGCCCGGACACAACUUCCAGACGACGAAGACGGAGCCCGGCGACCCGCCUGCAAACAGCUGCUUUAAACGCGAGAAGAAGAAGAAGAAAAAGAAGAAGAAGAAGAAAAGUGGUCGUCGUCUGUCAGAAUUCCAACUAUCAGCCGAGCUAGCCGAGCUCCGCUAACUCCUCCGGCGGUGACGCGUUUUAUGUCGUCCCCGCAGGCGGCCGUACAUCGGUAGGGACUGAUUUGGACUCGGUGACCCCGCUGCGAUGAUCUCCUGACAGCUCCUCGUCGCCUGCCCCCCCACUUAGCCUGGCUAGCUAGCUAGCUAACUCGGCUAACAAGCGGCUUUCUCGGUUGCCCGCAGCGGCCGGCAGCUCUCGCCGUGGCAGUGCGGUCCCGUUUUAGCAGUCGACGUGCGGGGAAAGUGGUUUGUGGAGACAGCCGGGAGUGAAAAAAAACAACCACCACCAUCCAUAGCUGCCUUUUCCAGAGAGGGAGCGAAAAGGAGGGGCAUCUGGAGGGGGGCUUUUAGGACACGUUGUUACCCAGCGGAGGCAGAGACGCCGGACCUGACGGAGGAGUCCCACCGAACGUUUGACAUCUGUGAUCCGGGAAGCGAACCGGGCCGGGACCUCAUGAAUGGAAAUCGGAACUACAGGAGCCGUUGGGCCCCAGGCCCUGUUCGCCAUGCCUCGGCGGCCUGGCUAUGGCACCAUGGGGAAGCCCAUCAAGCUGCUGGCCAACUGCUUCCAGGUGGAGAUCCCAAAGAUGGACGUCUACCUCUAUGAGGUUGACAUCAAGCCUGACAAGUGCCCGCGUCGAGUCAACAGGGAGGUGGUCGACUCGAUGGUGCAGCACUUCAAGGUGACGAUCUUUGGAGAUCGGAGGCCAGUUUAUGAUGGAAAGAGGAGUUUGUACACAGCCAACCCACUGCCUGUGGCGCCCACGGGGGUGGACCUUGAUGUCACUCUUCCAGGCGAGGGUGGCAAAGAUCGUCCCUUUAAAGUCUCCAUCAAGUUCGUGUCUCUGGUCAGCUGGCACAUGCUGCACGAGGUGCUGACUGGCCGCAGCAUGCCUGAACCGCUGGAGCUGGACAAGCCCAUCAGCACCAACCCUGUGCACGCAGUGGAUGUAGUCCUGCGGCACCUGCCCUCCAUGAAGUACACUCCAGUUGGCCGAUCUUUCUUCUCAGCUCCAGAGGGUUAUGACCAUCCUCUGGGAGGCGGGAGGGAAGUUUGGUUUGGCUUUCACCAGUCAGUGCGCCCUGCCAUGUGGAAGAUGAUGCUAAACAUCGAUGUCUCUGCCACAGCCUUCUACAAAGCCCAGCCAGUUAUCCAGUUCAUGUGCGAAGUGCUGGAUAUCCACAACAUAGACGAGCAGCCUCGCCCUCUCACGGACUCUCACAGGGUCAAAUUCACCAAAGAAAUCAAAGGUUUAAAGGUGGAGGUGACACACUGUGGAACGAUGCGGAGGAAGUACCGCGUUUGUAACGUGACCCGUCGGCCUGCCAGCCAUCAAACGUUCCCUCUGCAGCUGGAGAACGGUCAGACUGUAGAACGCACAGUAGCCCAGUACUUCAGGGAGAAGUACAACCUGCAGCUCAAGUACCCGCAUUUGCCCUGUUUACAGGUGGGCCAGGAGCAAAAGCACACCUACCUGCCCCUCGAGGUGUGUAACAUUGUAGCUGGUCAGCGGUGCAUCAAGAAGCUGACAGAUAAUCAGACCUCCACUAUGAUUAAAGCCACAGCUCGCUCUGCACCCGACAGGCAGGAGGAGAUCAGCAGGCUGGUGCGAAGUGCCAACUACGAGGCGGACCCUUUUGUGCAGGAGUUCCAGUUCAAAGUGCGCGACGAGAUGGCUCAUGUGACGGGGCGAGUGCUACCCGCCCCCAUGCUGCAGUACGGCGGCAGGGUGAGCACUGAGCACUUUAUGAACCGCACCGUAGCCACGCCCAGCCACGGGGUGUGGGACAUGAGGGGGAAGCAGUUCCACACCGGGGUGGAGAUAAAGAUGUGGGCCAUAGCCUGCUUCGCCACGCAGAGACAGUGCCGAGAAGAAAUUCUCAAGGGUUUCACAGACCAGCUCCGUAAGAUCUCAAAGGAUGCUGGGAUGCCCAUCCAAGGCCAGCCGUGCUUCUGCAAGUACGCCCAGGGUGCGGACAGCGUGGAGCCCAUGUUCAGGCACCUGAAGAACACCUACGCUGGGCUCCAGCUCAUCAUUGUCAUCCUGCCUGGAAAGACUCCAGUCUAUGCUGAGGUGAAGCGCGUGGGAGACACCCUUUUGGGCAUGGCAACCCAGUGCGUUCAGGUGAAGAAUGUAGUAAAGACGUCGCCUCAGACCCUCUCCAACCUCUGCCUGAAGAUCAAUGUGAAGCUGGGAGGCAUAAACAACAUCCUGGUGCCUCACCAACGACCAUCAGUGUUUCAGCAGCCAGUCAUCUUCUUGGGGGCAGAUGUUACACAUCCGCCGGCCGGAGAUGGGAAGAAGCCUUCAAUUGCAGCGGUGGUUGGCAGCAUGGACGCCCACCCCAGCAGGUACUGUGCCACUGUGCGCGUCCAGAGGCCCAGACAGGAGGUCAUCCAGGACCUGGCCUCCAUGGUGCGGGAGCUGCUCAUCCAGUUCUACAAGUCGACCCGCUACAAGCCAACCAGGAUCAUUUUCUACAGGGAUGGGGUGUCAGAGGGCCAGUUCAGACAGGUGCUGUACUAUGAGCUGCUGGCCAUCCGCGAGGCAUGCAUCAGCCUGGAGAAAGAGUACCAGCCCGGCAUCACCUACAUUGUUGUGCAAAAACGCCACCACACUCGCCUCUUCUGUGCCGACCGCAAUGAGAGAGUUGGACGCAGUGGAAACAUUCCCGCUGGUACCACGGUGGAUACCGACAUCACGCAUCCCUACGAGUUUGAUUUUUACCUCUGCAGUCACGCUGGAAUCCAGGGCACCAGCCGGCCCUCCCACUACCAUGUGCUGUGGGAUGACAAUUGUUUCACUGCUGACGAGUUCCAGCUGCUCACCUACCAGUUGUGCCACACCUACGUGCGCUGUACCCGGUCAGUCUCCAUCCCCGCGCCCGCCUACUACGCCCACCUGGUGGCCUUCCGCGCCCGCUACCACUUGGUGGACAAAGAGCAUGACAGUGCCGAGGGCAGCCACGUGUCGGGUCAGAGCAACGGCCGCGACCCCCAGGCGCUGGCCAAAGCUGUUCAGAUUCACCACGACACCCUGAGGACCAUGUACUUCGCCUGAGCAAAAACAUCCCCCCCCCACCCCCCAAAACCAUGAUCACCUUUAUCACACAGACACAAAAACAACCGCGCACGCCUGGCUCGCCAGUGGAGGAGUCCUCAUAGGUGCAUGCCCACCCUACACCCACAUGCCGAGUCAAUGCGGACCUGACACUGUGCAGAGGAGAGCAGGGAGGAGGAGGCAGGGGAGGAGGAGGCAGGGGAGGAGGAGGAGGAGGAGGAGGAGGAGGAGGCACCCCUACACUGGACUAAAGGAUGCAAACGCUGCUUUAAAAGACAAACAAGACAGAAACUCAGCACUAUUAUGCAAUAUUAAACCAGCCAACUAGUUUAUUCCCACCCUUUUCAGUGCCCCUCCUAUCGUUUGUGACCUUGUGGGUGUUUUUUUUUUUUUUUUUUAUUUUGUUUCUUUUUACUUUUCCCCUCCUUUGGCACAGACCUUCUUUACUGGUCUCCUCUUGCACCAUUUCUAGUACCUCAAGUCAGUUUGAGCAGCAGCACUUUUACAUUCUUUCAGUUUUACUGUAGUUUGUCGAUACUCCCCCCGAGGUUUGGAGAGGCGUUUUUUUUUUUGGAUUAUUGGGAGUGUAUUUCUACGGACCACGGGUCCCUCACAUUGCCACUUUUCCUACUUUCACUUCUCCCUAGUGUUACUUUUAUGAAGACAAAUGUUUGUUUGAGCACACUGCCAUCUGUUGGCGACGAGGUAUAAGUGCCCUCUAAAAGUCACAAUGAGAAGUUGUCUUGCAACGUUUUUGGAUGAUUUUUUUUUUGAUUUAUUGUAACGGUCAGUCGUCAGGUUUGAACCAGGGCAGUUUUUAUUGGCUGUUUAUUGGAAGAGAAACAAAUGAAUUGCAGCCAUAUAUGGAUUAUCUUUAAGUAUAACACUGUUUUUAAUCCAGUCAUUUCAUCUGCAUGAUGCGGAAAACUCUUGUUUUGUCCUUUUUAUUGUGUAAAGUUUUUUUUUUUUUUUUUGUACUCUUAGCAAUCAUGCAUUCAUUUUCCUCAGUGCUUUAUCAUGCAUUUUCCUCCCUGUUCGAGAUGGUGGAUAAUUUUGAGAUUGUGACAAUGGUUUCCUUUUAGUGCAAUAAUCAGUUGAAUGAAGGGAAGAGGAUUUUUAGGGGAUUCGAAUGACGUAUUUGGACGAAAAGUUCCAAGGCACUCGUUUUAUUGCCACUUUUGAGUUAAAGGAGCAGUGCGGUCGGGGCGAAAAUGGUGCGUCUGCGGUUUCGAUGAUCGCGUUUCUACUUGAGCCGAGGGAGUUUAUGCACCCCUUUACCUCGAGAGUACGGUGGUUGACUUUUUAAAACUCCCGAUCGCGACUUUGUUUCAAAGCUCCCUUUUUAACAGGCGGCAGCGGGGCGGAGCAUAAAGGCCAUAAAGACGAAGUAUUCAAGUGCCUGGCAGAACGGUUUAGUUGUCAGAAGCUGUAAGAAUCUUAUUUCAAUCAGUUAUAGCGAUCAUAAUGCAUAUUCAAAAAGAAAAAAAAAAAGCGGAAACUUUCACCUGAUGCCUGUUCUUAUUCCCAAACAACCAUCUGACUUUCUACACAUCUCAUUUAAAUCAAGUAUAGAUCGAGAUAUUUAUUCCUGUUUUUUUUGUGCCUGUAUGGCCGUGGUAGCUGUUGGCUUUGCUUCAGAGCUAUCUUUUUUUUUUUUUUUACUUAAUACUCAAAAGACAUGAAUCCAGCUGCUACAGUGGGUUUUUUUUUUUGUUUUGUUUUUUUUAGAAUAAUGGACCGGAUUUCUGGGCAUGGGGUUAGACUUGUCGGUGAACAAAAAGCCUUUCAGGAAAACGUUUUGCUGCAGAUGAAUCCAGAAGACCUCAGCUGGCGUGUAAUUCCUGCCCGUUUAACUGGCCCUGAACAGGAAGUGGCCUCAGAGCCAGAGCGGAGGAGUUAUGUGGGUGACCAGCGUUUCGCCGACGAGGUACAGCUAUUAGGUGACCGAAGACUUUUUCACGCAUCGAAUGUGCCUUAUUGGUGCAAAGAACGUCUCUGUCGCAGACCGCAUUCAAAGCCGGGGACCCCCCCCCCCCCUCAGUUUAAAUCCUUCAGAGGUGAAACUCUGAUUCCAGCCGUACGCCUCUGUGCUUUAAAGGCACAAUUCCUCUGAUGUGUUUAGCUACAGUACGGACCCCCACAUUUCUCCUCCUCUGGUGAAGGCCUGAAGCUUGUUCAGGAAAUGUUGUUUUUCUUUAAAAAAAAAAAAAAAA